AUGCAGGCCACCACAGAACCCCCGAAAAAGAAACCGGACCCUGUAACUUCAGAGACGGUGGUGAUUUGGGGGCUACGCCUCUGGCAGGUGAUUGGUAUCUUUGCCAUCUUUGUCCUGGCAGUCAUUAUCACGCUCUGCUGUAUCUUCAAGUGCCGAAUUCCACGAACAAAGAAAGAGAUUGAGGCGCGAUAUGCUCAACGGCAAGCAGCCAAGACGUAUGCAGACAAACUGGAGACUGUGCCACCACUCAACGAGCUGACAGAGAUCCCUGGAGUAGGGAAAAAAAAAAAAAAAAAAAAGAAAGAUGAGGAAAAGUUUUCUGCUACCAAAUCCUUUGUUUGA